AUAUAAUUACAUUUAUAUAUUUUACAUACAUGAAAUGGUUAUCUGUCUUUUAUUUACGGCAGCCAGUGGACAUUUCUCAAAAGAUCAACGGGAAGGAUGAACAUCAAACAGAAAUUGAAGCACUGCUCAGCAGACUUCAUCUUCAAGACAAAUAUAAACAAAAGUUGACACCAGCUGACUUUCUAAAGAUAAGUCCACCUGUUAAACAGCAACAUGACACAACUGAGAAAGAUCUAGCUCACACUUUUCUUCAGAGGUUGAUGAUGUUAGACUACAGAGCCAGAUAUAUUCCUGUAAAACAAGACAGUCCUGAAGUGAGCCACUCAAAGCCACAGAAAAUAGAACCAGAAGAUGAUGACUUUGCUCUUUUUAGCGCCAGUGUAGACUCUGAUCAGUCUAAAAAGUCUCACGUGCAUCCAAUGGAUGUUCAAAUGGCAGUAUUUCACUGCUCAGACAGCUUUCUGAAGCAGAACAUGAUUACAAAGCUAUCCCAGUCUCAGUACGCCUUACCUUUGCUUGUUCCUGACCCAGUCACAAUGGAUAUUGAGUGUCCUCUGUGGACAUUCAGACAAAUAAUGAAAAGCUGGAAGAUAACACAAACCAAAGAUGAUUCAAACACUGUCACCAUGAAGAGUAUGCCCAUUUACAAAGCUGAGACGUCCAUGGUGUCAUUUUUCCGUCUUGGUUCACUGUCACUGUCUAAAUCUCAGCUGAUGAACACUUUGAUCAACGACCGUCACAGCACCUUCUUCCACAGAAACUGUCCAGGAAGCACCAAAUCUCGCCAUUUGAUGGACGGUGUAGCAGAGAUUGCCUGGUACUGCCCUGCUGGGAAACCCAAUGAUGCCUUCACUGACUGCAUUGCCUUCUGUAAUCUUCAUGGUGAUGCUCUGGAGAUUAAAACACAGCGUGAAAUACUGAUGGAAAAAUCUUCAGUUAAUGUCGUUCUGGUACCAACUCUGGACAGAGGUGACAAAAGUUGGACAGUUAUCUCAGCCCUUCUCAAGUCUCCUAAACCUCUGAUUUGUCUCAUUGUUGAUAAUGUUUGUGGUGCAGCUGAGAUGACAGAGGGAAAAUACAAAAUGGGCCUUGAAGGCAAAAGUCAGUCAGAUGUUUGUGAAGAACUGAAAGGAAUCAUUGGAAAAAUCUUGUCUGGACCACAUACAUCCUUCCAGCUAGAAACCAUGGCUGAGGUCUCUGGAAUCAGAGUGGAUGAAGAUGACGCAGUCUGCCAAAAAGGAAAAACUGCUGCUAUGGAAAUAGCGAAUUUACUUAAAUUGAUGGAUGUUUCAAAGAUCAAAGAUAAAUAUCUUCCUUGUCAAGGCCAACUGUGGCAUGAUUGGUGCAAAAAAAACAAGGAACAGUAUCCCUUCAAAGGACACAUUGAGAAGGAGAAAUGUGAAAAGCAACUGAAGAAAAUACGUCAAGAACAAUGUUCUGCUUCCUGUAGUGAACUGAUUAAGUUGUUCAUUGAAAGCCUCUCAUCUCUGCCAUCAGAAGAAAAAGAAUAUUUCCUGAAGUGGAUUCAGAUCUUACUGGAUGCACUCUCCACAGAUGAUCUGUCUAAAAUUCUCCAGGAAUAUGAUGAGAAGUGGUCUGAGGUCUUGACUUUGAAGAAGAAUCAUGAUAAAUCUGAUCUAAUAAGCAAGCAAACUGAGCUUGAGAAAAUAUCAAAAAAACUGCAGUCAGCUACUUUUGGCUUAGAGCACAUCUUUAGAGAAAUUGGACAGAUCUAUGAAGCCCAUAAAUCACUCCAGAAACAAUCAAAGAUGGGAGAGACUGACUGGUCUAAAUACCCUGAGCUGGCUGCAGAGCUGAUGAUAUCAGGACACCCAAUGGAGCUGAUGGAUGGUGAUGCAGGUCAUGUGACUUUAACAUGGAUCUCUAGUCUUUUAGAUGAAGUCAAAAAGAAACUGGGUGACAAGAGAGUUUUUGUUCUGUCAGUUUUGGGCGUACAAAGCAGUGGAAAAUCCACCAUGCUGAAUGCCAUGUUUGGAUUACAGUUUGCAGUAAGUGCUGGCAGGUGCACCAAGGGUGCCUUCAUGCAGCUGGUCAAAGUGUCAGAGGAGAAGAAGAAAGACUUUAAGUUUGACUAUGUUCUAGUGGUGGACACUGAAGGACUGCGUGCUCUUGAGCUGGCAGGUAACGACACUCUUCACGACAAUGAACUGGCAACAUUUGUCGUUGGUCUGGGAAACAUGACGUUGAUCAACAUCUUUGGAGAGAAUCCAGCUGACAUGCAAGAUGUGCUGCAGAUUGUUGUUCAGGCUUUCAUGAGGAUGAAGAAAGUUCAACUUUCUCCAAGUUGUGUGUUUGUUCACCAGAAUGUUACAGAUAUUACAGCUGCAGAGAAAAACAUGGAUGGAAAGAGACGACUGCAAGAAAAACUGGACCAGAUGGCUAAACUAGCUGCCAAAGAGGAGGUUUGUGAUGCUGAAUGCUUCAGUGAUGUCAUCUCAUUUGAUGUGCAGAAAGACGUGAAAUACUUUGCUCAACUGUGGGAGGGAAGUCCACCCAUGGCUCCUCCAAAUCCAGGUUAUAGUGAGAGCGUCCAGGAUUUAAAGAACAUCAUCCUCUCUAAAGCUUCACAGUCUGCUGGGACGACUCUCUCACAGUUCAAAAGCAAAAUAAAGGACCUGUGGGAUGCUCUACUGAACGAAAACUUUGUUUUCAGCUUCAAAAACACACAUGAAAUUGCAGUGUACAGAAAACUUGAGGUCCAAUAUGGGAACUGGACCUGGGCCCUGAGGAGCAAGAUGUUGACCAUUGAGCACCAGCUACAUAACAGAAUUAAAAAUAAAAAACAAGAGAAUGUUGAGCUCCACUAUCUUUUUGAAGCAAUUAGCGAAACAUAUGAAGAAAUCAAAAAAGAGAUGAAGAAGUUCUUUGAUGAUGAAAAUGACAAAGACACAUUGGUUCAGUGGCGAGGCCGAUUUGAAAGCAAAAUCGAAAACUUUAAUGAUGACCAGGUGAGAGGAGUUAAAAGAAAACUGGAUGAGGUCAUCCAGCAGAAGAAGACUUGUAAAAAGAUGGAUGACAAGAAGACAGAGUUUGAGAACAAGCUGCUACAAAAGAGCAAAGAGCUUGCUCAGCAGUUAAAAGACAAGGCCAAAGAUGAAAGGGAACUCAAAAAGCAGUUCAACCGUGUUUGGAGUGGCUGGGUUACUGAAUUAACUGGAGACAUAAAACCUAUUGAGGAUAUCAACCUGGAAAAAGACGAGUUUAGUGUUCUGCAAGGCAUUGGUAUUGAACCGGUUACUAUAAAUGACUGCAAAACCAGCGGCAAAUACAAAAACAUAUCAUCCAUCAGGGAUUAUCAUCAUUAUGUAACCCUAAAGAAGAAACAAAAUAUGAUGAUUCAAGCAGCAACAACAGUCAUAAAGUACUUCAGGGAUUCUCUUUCACCUGAAGAACAACAACUGAUCAGUUCAUUCAUUGCAGAAGUUGAACAAGAGUCCCUUUGUAACAUUGAGAGCAAACCUGUAGCUGCAACAGGCUACAAUCCAACUUACUUGCAAGAAAUUGCCAACAAUGUCAAAGAAAAAGUGACAGAUUUUGAAUCAAAGAAGAAAUAUGUUCUGAAGAAGGAGUUUACAGUUGAUCUGUUACUGUAUGUGUUUGACAAGGCAGGAAGUUGGAUUUCAGAGUCACACGAGAUAUUCAAGAAGAGCAAUGAUGCUCUCACUUAUUUAGAAAGCAAGAAAGAGGAAUAUUACAACAUUUUUAGAAGUUUCUGCAAAGGAAACUCAUCUGCUGUUGUGCUUGGAGAACUGAUCUGUGAAAAACUGAAGGUUUCUACUGUUGAAGCUGUCUGCAACAAAACUGCACAUGAUCUUGCUGGAGUGAUGAGGUGCAGUCUUCCAGCAUUCAAUGGGAACAGGUUGGACUUGGAGAAACAUGUGUUGACAUCACUGGCAGAAAACGGAAAGUUUAAUGGUUACAUCAACUACAUCCGACACCCAAGGAGCCAAGUAGAGAGUUUCAUAAAGGAGGAAGUAGAGAAAUAUAUUUACACAGACAACAAGGCUAAAGCACAGAAUAAACUCAAGAAAAAUGUUGAAGACAUCAAUAAACUUGUGAGUCAAGCUUUGUUUGAUGCAACAGAGAAAGUCAAAAGUCAGAGAGGAAACACAGACAUGUGGCUGAAGGAAUUUUCCAAUUUGCUACAAGAAAAUGAUAAGCUGACAUUUGACACCAUCAGUUCUGAAAAUUUCAGUGACAUAAACAAAUUUGACUUUCUUAAAGAAGAGAUAGAGAAAGGACUUCCAUCCCUCAUUAAAGAGAUGAGCAGCCUCUUAUCGCAUAAGAUGAAGGAAUUCAGGCUGAAGCCAGAUCAAAUCCUCAUUGAUCAGCUGUGUGACUGCUGCUGGGUAACGUGUCCAUUCUGUGCAGCUGUUUGUACAAACACCAAAAAUCACAGUCCUGUAGAACACAGCGUGCCUUUUCACCGACCAGAUGGGAUCAGAGGUAUGCACUUUAGAAAAACAGGUGACAUGAGCAUUGAUUUUUGCACAUCAAAUGUUGCAAGUGAUUAUAGAUUUUACCCUUCUCAUGAUCCAGACAAGCCCAUUCCCUUUAAACACUACCGUACUGCUGGUCCAAAAUAUGCUAACUGGAGAAUUACCCCUGAUGGGUCAGAGCAGACGUACUGGAAAUGGUUUGUAGGUAAAUUUCAACAGGACCUGGAACACCACCAUGGAUUAAAAUUCCAGGGCAAAGGUACAAUUCCCCCCAAGUGGAAAAAUUACUCUAAAGAAGAAGCUAUUAAAAGUCUGGAUGAAAUGUGUCAGUGAACAAACACAACACAACUACAACCCUGCUGACAAUUAUGACCAUGUUUUGUUUUCAAGAACCAAA